CGCGAGCCAACUUCGCUACUCUAUUACUCGGUUGCUAAUAAGCUAUUUCCAGCUAUCAAACUUGCUAUAUUGUUAACGUUAGCUGGUUGCAUUUCAAAAACUUAUGUUUAUUGUGUGUUUAACGUUACCGUGUGUCAAUAACGGUUGCUAUGUCUAACGUUGACAAACAAACGUUAAGUGGCUAAACUUAGCUGGAUGUGCACAUAGCGAUUGUUCGUUAGCUUUCCAGCUCGUGAUAAAUUUAACAAGUUUUGUGUGAGGUUAUGUUUGCUACUCUUUCCCAUACAAGGAAUAGCUGUGCUAAACGUUGACGAAGCUCGAUUACUGCUGGUCUAUAGCAUAGCACAGAAAUUUCUCAGUGUGCAGAAAGGUGCACUAACUUGAUAAUUACCCGGAGAUGACUAACCCUCCGUGAGCAAUAUGCUUACCUACGUGACAAUCCACUUAUUCUAAACGACAACGAUUCAGUUUGAUUAGACGCUGUUUAAUCAGUUUUGAAGCAGUCGUGGACGUUUAAAAAUUUAGCUCCCAGUUAUCAGCUGACAGGGAGGUAGCUAACAACUUGAUCAAGACCAGACUAGCUAGUUGGAUACCGUUCGGUAUGAUGUUGCCAACAAGCGAAUGGAGAUUUCAUUCUGGCAUAAGAUCACACGUGUGAUUGGAAUUUCCUUACAUGAACAUUGUAAUGAUGAUGUAACAAUCACUGCUGGCUUUGAUGGGAAUACAACAGUGUGAAUAUAAGCAGCACAUAAAACAGAGCUAAGCAGUGUAUAACACUCACAAUGUCUAAAAGCAAGAGCUCAGAGUCUGUGAAAGUGGUUGUGCGCUGCAGACCUAUGAAUGAAAAAGAGAAGGCGGCUAACUUUGGGAGAGUAGUGUCUGUGGAUGUGAAGCUGGGACAGGUGGCUGUGAAGAACCCUCGGGGUACAGCCCAUGAGCACCCUAAGGUGUUCACCUUUGACUCGGUUUAUGACUCAAACUCAAAGCAGGUAGAUCUUUACGAUGAAACCUUCAGGCCACUGGUGGAUUCUGUCUUGCUGGGGUUCAAUGGCACCAUUUUCGCAUACGGUCAGACGGGCACUGGAAAGACCUACACCAUGGAAGGUGUGCGCAAUGAUCCGGAGAGGAGAGGCGUAAUCCCCAACUCCUUUGAGCAUAUUUUCACGCACAUAUCUCGCUCUCAGAACCAGCAAUACCUGGUGAGAGCAUCGUACUUGGAGAUCUACCAGGAAGAGAUCAGAGACCUUCUCUCCAAGGAUCAGGCCAGGCGGCUGGAGUUGAAGGAAAGGCCUGACACUGGCGUGUAUGUCAAGGAUCUGUCCUCCUUUGUCACCAAGAGUGUAAAGGAGAUUGAGCAUGUCAUGAAUGUUGGGAACCAGAACCGGUCGGUCGGAUCAACAAACAUGAAUGAGCACAGCUCCCGCUCCCAUGCCAUUUUCGUCAUCACCAUUGAGUGCAGUGAGCUGGGCCUGGAUGGGGAGAACCACAUACGGGUAGGCAAGCUUAACCUGGUUGACCUGGCAGGUAGCGAAAGACAGUCUAAAACUGGGGCCCAGGGGGAACGUCUGAAGGAGGCCACCAAAAUUAACCUGUCCCUCUCUGCUCUUGGCAAUGUCAUCUCUGCACUCGUGGAUGGAAAGAGCACCCAUAUCCCCUACCGAGACUCAAAGCUUACUCGACUCCUGCAGGACUCCUUAGGUGGCAAUGCCAGGACUGUAAUGGUGGCCAACAUAGGCCCUGCCUCAUAUAAUGUGGAGGAGACGCUGACUACCCUGCGUUAUUCAAACCGAGCAAAAAACAUCAAGAACAAGCCCCGUGUCAAUGAGGACCCCAAGGAUGCUCUCCUGCGGGAGUUCCAAGAGGAGAUUGCCCGCCUAAAGGAGCAGCUCGAGAAACGCUCAGGAAAGAGGAGUCAAAGUAAGGGGAGAAAACGGAGGCCCGGGGAAAGUGGGGACGAGCUGGCGGAGGGAGACGAGGAUGGCGAAGAGGAAGGUGAUGGCGAUGAACAGGCAGAGGGAGAUGAGAAGGAGGAUGCGGAUUAUUGGCGGGAGCAGCAGGAAAAGCUGGAGAAGGAGAGGAAGGCCAUCAUGGAGGAUCACAGCCUGGUGGCAGAGGAGAAACUGAAGCUGCUGAGGGAGAAGGAGAAGAAGAUGGAUGACCUCAAGAGGGAACGGGAGGCUGGGGAAAUGCUGGCUGCCAAAGUCAAGGCCAUGGAGAGCAAGCUUCUCGUUGGAGGAAAAAACAUUGUCGAUCACACCAAUGAACAGCAGAAGAUACUGGAACAGAAACGACAGGAAAUUGCUGAACAGAAACGCAGGGAGCGGGAGAUGCAGCAGCAGAUGGAGUCCCGGGACGAGGAGACACUGGAGCUGAAGGAGACUUAUAGCUCCCUCCAGCAGGAAGUGGACAUUAAAACCAAAAAACUGAAAAAGCUGUUUGCUAAACUGCAGGCUGUGAAAGCAGAGAUCCACGAUGUCCAGGAGAUGCACAUCAAGGAGAGGCAGGAGCUGGAGCAGACGCAGAACGAGCUGACCCGGGAACUUAAACUGAAGCACCUUAUCAUUGAGAACUUCAUUCCAUUGGAGGAGAAAAACAAAAUAAUGAAUCGAACAUUCUUGGAUGAGGAGGAUGACCACUGGAAGCUACGACCCAUUACCCGCCUUGAGGAUGACCAGCAGAUGAUGACUCGGCCUGUGUCUGCUAUAGGCUACAAGCGGCCCCUGAGCCAGCAUGCCCGUUCAAACAUGAUGAUGCGACCGGAUGUGAGAUACAGGGCUGAGAACAUCCUACUCCUGGAACUGGACCUGCCUACAAGGACUACCAAGGAGUAUGAGGAGCCCGUCAUUGCGCCCAAAGUAGCCGCGGCGUUGGAAGACGCCCUGCGAGAUGAGGACGAGAUCCAGGUGGACGCCUCUAACUUCCACAGUAGCCUCCCCAUCCCCCCAGGUGCCAUUGUCGGCACCACCAAAAAGCCAAAGUCCAGUGGCCGGCCUAAGACUGGAAAAAAGGUGAGCACCCCAACCUCUGCAACAAGCCCUUCCAGCUCAGGACACCCCCUCUACCCACAGUCCCGUGGGCUUGUCCCCAAGUGAAGCCCUGGCCCUCUGGUCUCUGGACGAGUCGGUGGAAGGUGUGCUGGACAGCGUGGGAGAAGACGUGCUGGUAUGCGCACUACAAUUUAGUGAACAGUGCAGCCGACUCUCACAGUGUAAGAGGAACCUCCAGCUUUUCAUCUUGUGGCCAUUACUUAUUUUACCUCCUAAACAUGUUUCCAUGGACCACAGUGACUAAAUACAACUGACAUUAAAUAUGGCUAAUAUUCUGGUUUAAAAAAACAACUCCCAAAACUGCAUUUACAGUUGUUCUCUCUCCUAAUUGGUGUCACAGACAACGUAGACCAAGUGUCUUGUCUGCUGUUCUGCAAUUCGGAUGUCAUCUGCUCUCCUGCACUGUCUGCUUUUAUACCAUCUGAAUCUUAAUUUUGCCAUUCUGUGUUCUUAUUCGCAAAGAACGGAACAUGGUCUUGUCCCCAGUAAACAGACAGCACCCUGAAUUUGUCCAUCUUCAUCCCCUGAGGUUCUUUGAAGUAUGCUGAAGUAAUUUUCUCUUGAUGAGGAAAGUGGCAGCAUUCAGGGCAGGAGCUGCUUUAUUAUACAUGGUAGCCCCGCACAGAUAUAUAUAUAUAUAUAUAUAUAUGUAGAUAUGUGGCUCUGCAUUCUGUUUUUAUGUGGGUUUCAAGUUAUUUUUCCAUUUGAGGAAAAGGAGUAUGUGUGCUUGCAUGGGGGUUUCCAUUCAACUCCUUCAAAUCUGAAUUCCAGUUUCUUUUGUUCUCAACACGAGUCAAACUGUCAUGAGAAAUCGUAGGGUGAACGUUCAUCUGUGUGGUGAACUGCAGAGCACCCUUUGUAUAGGUGUGUUUUACCACCCAAAACUGUAGAUUCAGGAGAACUAGAGCACUUUCUGGGCAGUUGUGGGUCAGAAUAACUCCACUGCGUACAUCCAGACUUAUGGUUGCCUUAGACUCAUCCCUGGCCCUCAGGUCACCAUGCAGUAAGCUUGGUAAUGUCAGGAGGUCACAAUGGAAAGAAACGGGAGGAAAUAGUUAAGGCUACAGUUUUAUCACUGGAAUCAUGGAUCCUACAUAUUUGAGAUGCCUGUGAAACCUUGAAAUUGUGAACGAAAGCAAAACGUGACAAAACGAUAAAAAUAAACACAGCUUGCUUCAUUGCGUAUGCAUAAAGUAAAAAAAUCUUUGCUGCUACAAUUGAAUUAUGAAACAUAGCCGAAUUGCAGCUCACCAAACUAGGUUGGCUACUGAUUGUACAUGCCCUAUCAGCCGUGGUUCCUCUUCUGCCUAUGGCUGUACUUCCAAGGGAAUCAUCUGCUAUAUGCGUCCACUCCUUGUGAAUCCCCAGCUCACUUCAGUUAAAAAUCUGCACCUGUUGUCAGCUCUGUUUAACAGCUGAUCAGCUUGCUAUAAUCAUGUGGGGGGAGAGAGAGAAACAAAAAAGAUCAAAAACAUAUCGUCUCUAAAUGGCAACACUACACCAUUUAUGCUGUCAAUAAACUUGUGCAUCCAAAAAUUUGCCCUCAUUUAAGUGUCCAUUAUAUUACGCUGUCUCUGAAAGUGACUCUCAAAGUAUUACACAUUCGAAUUACCACUUAUUUUUUUCUUGUAUCGUCGUUGCAUCAAGUAUAUCGUAAUAAUAACAAUAAUGCUGGAAUAGCUGAUUGCAUGGCUCCCAAGAUAUUUUAAAGUGAAGGAAGGGUGAUUUGCCUCAGCAUCAGUUUGUGGCACCCAUAGUCUGUAUUGGCAUGGCUUAUUACAUCUUACAUUUUUGGAUUAUUGCAUUUCCUGACAAAAAGAUUAUUUGUGAAAUCAUAAAUCUUGGUUAUUUAUAGUUUUUUUUUAAACAGAUGAAAUAACCUGGUUUCUCAAGGCACGCAAAUGAGUUACCACACAGAAAACAAAUGAACAACGCACACAUUUAGCUGAUCCUACCCUGACACGGGACCAACAGUCAGGUGGCUGAUUGACGUCUGAUUUUGGCUUUGUGCUUUCACUGUGAUGUGACAAUGUCAUCCAACACUCCCCACAACUGGCUGUUGUGGCUUGCCUGUGUUAAAGAGACCCCCUAAACAUGAAAAAUGGAUUAGUUUAGAUUUAUUUUAUAAUUUCAUUUUUUAUUUAGAUUUUUUUGCCUGGGGGUUGGUUCUUGGAUAUGUAUAAAGCCCAGUUGACUCGUGCAUUUUUGUAAUGCUGCCUCUAAACCUUCUUACCCUCUAGGGUAGUGCCACUGCUUGCUGCUACUAUACGUUAAUAUUCCUCCAGUAAGGUACAGUGUAAAUGUUUAUAAGAAGUUACCAAUAGAUUAUCCUGAAUUAAUUUUACCGUUGUAUUAAAACAAUGGAUAAAAAAAGAAAUAAAAAUAAAAUUCUAGAAAACACUUGAAAUUUUAAGUCUUAACUCCUCCCCAAGUUUAUCUUUUAUAUAUCUACUUUUUUAUUGUAGUUUUCUCUUGGAAUAGAAUUUAUUUGGAAUUUAUAUAAUUUAAAGUUAUGUAAAAUUAUUUUGUGUAUAUUUUGAAUUUCAGAAAUAUUUUAUAAAUGCUCGCAAUAUGAAACAUUGUCUUUUUAUUUCACAUAGCUUUACUUUAAAAAGUGUACCAGAUAUUUUAGGAUGGUACUCAAAUGCUUGAACUGACUGUUGUAUGAUAUUGUCCUUGAGCUGCCCUAACAAGGAAGGUUGUGAAUGAACACUUCCAACAGUUAGAUUGGAUCAGUACUGUGUGUGUGUAUGUGCGUGUGUGUGUGUGUGUGCACUUGGUGGCAAAAUGUUGUUCAAAAUAUAUGGAGAAAUCCCCCCCACAGCAUGAUUAUUUAGCAACAAUAAUAUAAUUAACUGGUAAAUAAAUGUUUAACUUGUGUUAAAUGAUGAACCCUGGCCUAUGAUGAACAAUGCUAUGGCAUGAUUACACAAGUUCAUGAAACAAUAUAAAUGAGUAACCAUGUUAAACUAGUAUAUUUUCAAAUGCUACUGUAACACUUUGUCCUGGCUUGUUAUAUCCACUGAACAUACAGUCUGUGGUUGUGCGUGUGAGUGACAGGGAGGAGGCAGAGUGAGAUUAUCCACAAUGAUUCUGUCACCGUGUAUGAAAUGUCUGUCUUUUUACCUUUUUUCUGAAUUAAAGAAAAAUUUCAAAGAA